UUGAUAUGAUUGAUCAGGUUUUGGUUCACAACGGAAAUUUCUCUUUUUUUUCUCUGCUCAGAAAUCGGAAUAGCUAAGUGAGUUUUGAGGUUUCAGAUUUCAUCAUGAGUGCUGGUGCUACCAACCAGUUGAUAUCUGUUAGUCCUCCGGAGCUCAAAUUCCAAUUUGAGUUGGACAAACAAAGCUACUGUGAUCUUAAAGUCACAAACAGCACAGAUCAAUGUGUUGCUUUUAAGGUGAAAACUACUUCUCCAAAGAAGUACUUUGUCCGACCAAACACUGGUAUUAUACAGCCUUGGGAUUCAGGUUUCAUUCGAGUCACUCUUCAAGCUCAAAAGGAGUACCCAGCAGAUAUGCAAUGCAAGGACAAAUUCCUCCUACAGAGCGCAAUUGUGAAUAAUGAUACUGAUGAACUUCCUCCAGAUACUUUUAAUAAGGAUGGUGGAAGAACUGUAGAAGAGUGCAAGCUUAGGGUUGUUUACAUGUCUUCUCAUUCCUCUCCUGGACCUUAUGAAGAUGUAUUUCGACAAAGUUCUGAUUUCACUUCAAAUCAAGCGUUGCAGCGUAUCAAAGAUGAAAGGGAUGCAGCUGUCCAACAAACACAACAGCUGAUCCAGGAUCUGGAAAUGAUGAAGAGACGAAGAAGUCGGAAUGAUCCAGGCUUCUCUCUGAGGUUUGCAAUUGCUGUGGGAGUCAUUGGCCUAAUGGUUGGCUUUCUGCUGAAAUUGUUGUCUUCACCUUCAGUAGAAUAGCUUGCAUUAGGGUAAGCUGUCUACAUCAUACCUCUUGGGUACGUCCCUCGGCGCCUGCUAACGUGGGAUGUUUUGUGAACCGGGCUACCCUUUUUUACCUUAAGUAGAAUAGCUCAAGUUUCUUCAUUCUCGGAUUUAACUGUAUAAUUUUCUAUUUUUGAUGAAGCCUGAGGAAAAGAACUUGCGUAGCUCUAUUAAUUUUGUGUGAAUUGAUUAAUUUAUAAUUUACUUAUAAUCCUUUCCCAUUAUAUAUUUUGUAUAUAUAUACUAGGGUGGCUCGAGGGCGAAGCUAGUAAACCAUUGGUUUAGGCCCCAAACUGUAUGACUUUAUUUUCACUUAAAACAAUAUUGAAGAUUGUAAAUAAGUUCAAAAUUAUCAAAUAUUAUUAUAUUAUUAGGAA